AUGGAUAACUUCGUUUCAUAUACAUCUUUGGUGGCAGCGUUUGUGGUGGGAUUCUUCGCCCUGCGGAUGGUAUAUCAUCUGUACUUUCACCCGUUGGCCAAGUUUCCCGGUCCGAAGCUCGCUGCGGCGACAUUUCUUUAUGAGUUUUAUUACGAUGUUAUCAAGAGUGGGAUGUACAUUUGGGAGAUUGAGCGCAUGCACGAUAAAUAUGGCCCAAUCGUCCGCAUAAACCCCCGAGAAUUACACAUCAGAGACUCAGCCUACUACGAAGAUAUCCACGCCGGCAGCUCACGCAAACGCUCUAAAGACCCGGACUACGCCGUCGCAUUCGGCGCUCCAUUUUCCCUCGUAGGAACAAUUAGCCAUGACCACCACCGGUUCCGCCGCAACCUGCUAAAUAACUACUUUUCUAAACGCUCCGUGACGAGCCUGGGCCCCUCGAUCCACGAAAAAGUCGACAAGCUCAUCGCGCGCUUCGAAGAAGCCCACGCCGCCGCCUCCGUCCUGCACCUGCAACUCGACUUCGCCGCUCUAACCGCCGACGUCAUCACAGACUACUGCUACGGCUGGAGCUACGGGUAUCUGGACGGCGCGGCGGCGCGCAGCAACGAUCUCGUGGAUGCGGUGAACGGGCUUAUGGUCAUGUUUCAUGUCAAUCGCUUCUUCCCGUUUCUUAUUACCGUGUUUCGGAAUUCCCCGCCUGCGUUGGUCCGCUGGCUGCAACCACAUAUGGCUGAUUUGUUUGAUUUUAAGAGUCGGCUGCGGCAGCAGGCUGCAGAUGCGCUGGAGAAAAAGAGCGUGGAGAAGGUUGAUGGUGAGGAUCGGUUGAAUGUUUUUGAUGCGUUGACUAGCUUGGAUGUUCCUGCCCAGGAGCGUACGCUUGAUCGCUUGGAGGACGAGUCUGCUUUGCUGCUUGGGGCGGGGACGGAAACGACUGCUAGGGCUAUUACUGUUUCGAUGUUUCACCUUAUUCGGGAUAAGGAGGUUAUGGGGAAAUUGAGGGCCGAGUUGAAGACUGUGUUAGAGACGCCGAGGUCGAAGGCUUCGUGGUUGGAGUUGGAGAAGUUGCCGUAUCUGACGGGUGUCGUCAAUGAAGGUCUUCGUCUCAGCCAUGGCAUGACGGCGCGUUUGGCUCGUAUCUCGCCCAAUGAGCCUAUGUCCUACAAGGACUGGAACAUUCCUAUAGGAACCCAUUACAAAGUACAAACCAACAUCUCUCGCGAAUUUGCUGACCACCAUUCUUCACAGACUCCAGUCAGCCAGUCAAAUUAUUUCGUCCACAUGGACCCCACGCUCUUCCCCGAGCCUGCAAAGUUCGACCCAGAGCGUUGGGUGCGUGCAGCGGAAAACGGUGAGUAUUUAAGCCGGUACAUUGUCUCAUUCACCAAAGGGAGCAGACAAUGUCUAGGGAUGAAUCUGGCAUAUGCAGAGAUCUACCUUGCUAUAGCGCACAUCGCGCGUCGCAUUGACUUCGCACUGUAUGAAACCACUGCUGAUAGCGUUUGCGUUUAUCGCGAUUUGGGAAUUGGGUGUCCAAAAGUGGGGUUAUUUGGCGUUAGAGCUACCGUGAAGGGUAUUGUUGAGGAGUGA